CUAGUAUUUUACUAAUUUUCUUGGCCGCCAGCUGCCAGCAGUCGUGGAAAAUUUCAAUAAUAAUUUUGUUUUUUUAUACAAAACUAAUGUUUUAAAGGUGCUCAAUUUGUGCGUUAUACUUUUAAGUUUCAUACUUGCAUUGUGUUUAUUGCAUACAACAUCUCCUUCAACGCUUCUCAUAAUUUUUUCACACUAUUCAAAGAUAUUCAUCAUAAUUAAUGUGCAUCUAAAUUAUAUUUCCACUGUGUGCUAUUAUUAUUUCGUCAUUCCUAUUUUCGUCAAAAGACAACGUGCAAGCACCAUACGAUUUAAGAGAUAACACGACUACUCAUUGAAGUUACGAACGUAAACAAACAAAAAAAUAACUACGAUAAUGGCACAAUCCGUUGCUGGUGCAACCAACUCUGCUAAUACAAGCGCUGGCGCUGGUAUGGCAAUCUCUAAAAAUUUGGGCGUCGGUGUGGAUAUAGAUAUAGUGGAUAUGAAGCAUUGCUUCGAAAAUCUUAUAGUGAUAGAUGCGGGCGCAAAUUUGACAAAUAAAAAAUAUAGCCGUGAUCUGGAAUCAGUAAUACAAAGGGCAAAAGAUGCAGGUGUUCAAAAAAUUAUGGUUCCUGGUACAUCAGUGAAAUCUAGCAAGGAAGCGCUACGCUUGUCACGAAUUUAUCCCGACAUAAUUUAUUCGACUGCUGGCAUACAUCCACACGACUCCAAAUCCAUUAUCGAAGAACCAAACACAUGGUUCGAAUUCGAACAUAUUGCGGCUUCACAGGAAUGCGUUGCCAUCGGACCCUGCGGCUUGGAUUAUCAACGUGAUUUCUCUGAACCGGAGGCACAAAAGGAGAUUUUCGAAAAGCAAAUACAUUUGGCUUGCCGAUUAAAUAAGCCACUCCUCAUACAUGAGCGUUCCGCGCAACAAGAUGUACUCGAUAUACUGGAUAAAUUCGAGAAUUUACCACCUGUGAUUGUAAGGGGUUUCAUGGGUACAGCCGACGAAGCAGUUGAAUAUCUCAAUAGAAGAUUCUAUAUUAGUUUAACUGGUUAUUUAUGCAAGGACAAAUCAGAUAGUGGAGUACGCAAACUCUUAGAAAAUGGUACACUUCCUAUAGAUAGACUGCUCGUUGAAACGGACUCGCCUUUCAUGUAUCCAAAUACAAGAGCUUCCAAGCUGCCGCAACAUGUUAAGACUGGUAUAACUGAGCGUUCACUUUUAUAUUUACAUAGGUACUGCACUUUUCAACGCAACGAGCCUUGUAGCUUACCCGCCAUAGUUGAAAUGAUAGCUGCAUUCAUGAAGAAGACACCAGAUGAAGUAGCUCUAGCCACUGCAUUCAAUGCAUUGAAACUCUUCGGUCUAUCCUAAAAUGUUACAAGGCUGUGAUUUUACUUAAUGUAGACUGUCAUAGUAUUCGUCACUAGAGAGAAAAAUGACAAUUUAUAGCAGGUACUUUACAAAAGUAAUAACAAUACGAGAAGAGAUGAAAUGCUGCGAAGAAAAUCAAAACGAAAGUGCCAAAUUUUUACAUGGUAAUUUAGUUUUUUCUUUCUUUUCCUUCAUGCAUAAAAAUGUAUAUAUGUUACAAUACAUUAAGAACUACAAGACUUCAUUUGUGCCUUAAAUGGAAAGUGCUAAAAAAAAAGCCGUAACGGUUGAUAUAAGAAAGGAGAAAACAAAAACAAGGAAACGAUUUAAGAAAUUAUAUUAUAAAACAUAAAAACAUAUUUAACGAUGUCGACGAUUAUUUAUUAAACAAAUCAUUAAUACUAACAACGACGUGUUUUCAAAACGCAUGCAAACCCACAAUAUACUCAAUUAAUCAAAUGAUUGGUUCGAAUGGAAUGAUUCGAAUCGCCUUAGUCUUAGUUGAGAACUCAUGGAAAAAUAGUAGUUUUUGUAAAUUUAUACAUCUACAUGUAUGUAAUUGGUAGCUAUUAUGAUGCAAAGUAAUGGGUUGGAUUGAAAAGGGAAUUUAGUUAUUUGAAUAUAGAACGAUUAAUGAAGGAAACGUGGAUAUAACGCGAGGUAUUUAUUGUUGUUGUUUGAGGUUAAGAAGAGAUGUCCCGUUCCGUCCUAUGAUAUACAAAUAUAAUUAUAUAAAAUAAAACAAAUUGCUGUAAUACUUUUA